GAUAAAUAGAUGAUUGGCAUGUAUAUAUAAAAAGAAGUUUUUUUAAUACAAAAAUAAAACAAAAAACAACGAAUCAUUCUCAUUCAUAUUUGAUUCUCUCUUUCGUUUUUGUUAUACUAUUAAACUUUCGUUUAAAUCUUUAAACCAAAUCACCAAAACUCAGAUAGACACAAAAACGAAAAAAGAAAAAAAAAAAAACACGAAGAGAAUGAAUCUGUACGCACACGACCUUUCUCUGUUGGACUACAACCUCAAUUUCUCCGAUCCCAUCCUCGAACCCUUCUCAAAUUCCGCUACUACCCCUUAUCCCGACGACGACGAUUCCGUUGGCAACCACAAGGGCAAUUCCGGUAACGAAAACAAUGAUAUCAACAAGCAGCGCGUGGUGCGCACGCGCAGCCCUCCCCGGCACCGCCACGACGGCACGUCGCCGCUCCCUUUGGGAAUGGACUGGAGUCCCCCUCCUCGCAAAUGGGACGGACGUGAAACUGUUUGGCCACUUGAUUUUCAUUCUGGUUGGAGUUUUUGCGUCACAAUUCCUUCUUGGGUUUUCCUUUCCAAAUCAAGAGGUUCAGAUCCUGUGGUGUUUUAUAGGGUUCAAGUUGGUAUACAAUCGCCAGAAGGGAUCACCACUACACGAGGGAUAUUACGAAGAUUUAACGAUUUUUUAGAACUUUUUUCUGAAGUCAAAAAGGUAUUUCCAAUGAAAAAUGUGCCCCCAGCUCCUCCAAGGAGGAUUUUUAGAAGGAAGAGCCGAACUCUGUUGGAAGAGCGAAGGUGUUCUUUGGAGGAUUGGAUGGAAAAACUAUUGUCAGACAUUGAUUUAUCAAGAAGUGCUCCAGUGGCAACCUUUCUUGAGCUAGAAGCUGCGGCGAGGUCUUCUUUCAAUGAUGAGAAUCAGGAAAUUCCAAAUAAUUCUUCCACUAGUGAAAUGUUUCCAUCAUCUCUGUACCAUGCCAACUCAGAUGUUUCUCUGUUUGCUGAUAGUUCAUUCGUUGCAUCAGAUCUUGGUCAUGAUACUCCUUAUGAGAUAUCUGAGGUUGGAUCGCCAAGGCAUGGAAAUGAUAGUUCUGCUGUUCUUGGCAUGGAGAAUUCAAUAUCUGAACAAGACUUAAUUGAUCCAACUGAAAUGACUGCCAAAUAUGGCAUGAAUAGCAGAAAGUUCAUUCAGGGGAGUCUGCAAAGAUUUUCCAGGCAUAGAAUGCAUACAGGGAAUGAGGGUAACAUUUUAGGCAGGGAUGAAGUAAUUGAGAAUACUUCUAAUGCUAAACCUAUCCGCAUGGACGGAACUGAGUUUUUUCCUGCACUAGGGGAUUACAAGCUGGAUGGCCAUGUUCGAAGACUCUCAGCAGAGAGUGUUGGAAGUGACUUGAGUUCUUUAAGAGCUAGUGAAAUAUCAAAUAUUGGGGCAGCCAAUUUAUUUGGUGAUUUCACCCUUGAUCAUUCUGAAGGUUCUGAAGCUUUGAGAAACACAGAUUCUUUUGAGAAUCCAAAUAUACAGCUUCCAAGGGAUUCACUGGUUGCUCUUCCAUCUGAUCAACGACUUAAAUUGAACAGGGUACUUGUUACCAUGCAGCGGAGGCUAGCCACAGCAAAAACAGACUUGGAGGAUCUAAUAGCAAGAUUGAAUCAAGAAGCUACUGUUAGAAAAUUCCUCACAACGAAGGUCAAAGAUUUGGAAGUGGAACUUGAAACUACUAGACAGAAUUGUAUAGAUAACAUGCAGCAGGCGGUUUUAACUGAAAGGGAAAGAUUUACUCAAAUGCAGUGGGAUGUGGAGGAGCUUCGGAGUAAGUGUUUGGAGCUGGAACUAAAAUUGAAAACUGAACAGGAUGAAAAGGUACGUGCUGAGUCAACAAAAAAUGCAGUCAUUCAGGAAAACAAAAUGUUGAUGCAGGAGUUAGAUGAUGCUAGAGAACAGAUUGAGAACUUGCAGAAACAGCAUGAAGAGUUUGAGGUGAAAUCAAAGGCAGAUGUAAAACUGCUUAUUAAAGAAGUCAAAUCUCUUCGAAAUUCCCAGUUAGAAUUGAAGCAGGAUCUCAGCCGUGUAAUGAAAGAGAAAUUAGAAUUAGAGAGAUUUCUUCACAAGGAAAGGCAAAGAAUGGAGCUUGCUAGUACUGCUAAUGCAAAGUUGCUGCAUGAAUGUGGAAUUCUUCGUGAUAGGCUUCAAGAAUGUAGUGUUAAUUUUCUUGUUGAAGAGGAAGAUAAAUUAAUUGUGGACACUUCAUUACCAUCUGAUGCAAUAGAUCUGUUGACAACAUCUGACAAUAGAAUUGGUCUCCUACUAGCAGAGGCACAACUCCUUGCCCAAGAUGUGGAAAAUGCCGUUGCAGCAUUGGACGAAACUCAAAGUGUAAAUGGCAAUAAUAAAAGGACAACUGAUGAUGAGUUGAGAAUAAUGCUGGCGGAUGUAUUCGUUGACAAUGCUACAUUAAGAAAACAGGUGAACUCGGUCAUCCGUUGUGCCCUAAACACAACUUUGAAGUCAGAGAAAGAUGAUGAUGAUGAUGAGGAGGAGGAGGAAGUUCCCGUCAGAAAAACUGUUCUAAGCAAAUUUUUAGAAAGAUGAAAUAGUCGAACUUGUAAAUUAAUAUUUGUUUAUUACUUUGUAUGGAAGAUUCUACUUUACCAUCAUAGUAAAUGCAAUAGAAGGUCAUCUAAUUUUAUAGUUCCAUAAGAGGUCUGUGCUUGAAUAACAUUGUUGUAUCAUAUUGUUUUCUCAAAUAUAUUAAUUUAAGAAGCAUAGAGGGACUAAUUUACAAAGCAA